UGUUGCGUCACCAAGGAAGUGGGAAUAUUACCAGACGCCCCGCCCCAUUUGAUAUUUAUUGGUUUGUAGUUGAAGUUGCUUCAUUUUGGUGCGGUGUUUCCGCAUUGACGCGCUGUGUGGCUGGCCAGACAAUGUGGGAUGGAUGUUUAAUGUAAUUAAGAGCGGAGAUCCGAGUGGCGCAUAGGGGACACGACGAAGUGGGGGAGCCGGACGCACAAAUUACAUUUAGGAAGCAUGUCCUAAAACGGACACCGUAGCGGCUUAGAGGGAGUAAGGGAAAGUGGGCGGUGCUAGAAAGUAGCGGGUGAGUUGUGAUUGAAGACCUUCCUUGGAUGUGUUCACCACUGAUCUGCCUUUAACCUUCAUGGCUCCGCCGGGCUGGGACAUGGGAGCUGACACUCACAGGUUCUGACAAUGGGCAGUUUGAGCAGCCGACUAUUAUGGCAAGAGUCCAAGCAGAAGACUGUUGGCUCUUGUGAACACAGGAAAAGAAAAAGAAGCUUGGAGUGCCAGUGUGAGAGCGAGACAGAUGACGAGCUAGAAAAUCUACUGAAUACUCCAAGAAGGAAAAAAUUGAAAAGCACGUCAAAGUACAUCUACCAGACUCUAUUCCUCAAUGGAGAAAACAGCGAUAUUAAGAUUUGUGCACUUGGGCAAGAAUGGAGCUUGCACAAAAUCUACCUCUGCCAGUCUGGUUACUUCUCAAGUAUGUUCUGUGGAUCCUGGAGAGAGUCCAGCAUGAAUGUAAUAGAGCUGGAGAUUCCUGACCACAAUAUUGAUGCAGAAGCCCUGCAGGUGGCGUUUGGCUCCCUCUACAGAGACGAUGUAUUGAUAAAACCCAGCCGUGUCAUUGCCAUCCUAGCGGCUGCUUGUAUGCUUCAGCUUGAUGGUUUAAUUCAGCAGUGUGGAGAAACCAUGAAAGAGACGAUCAGCGUGCAGACAGUUUGUGGAUAUUCAUCUGCAGCCGGCAUCUAUGGAUUAGACUCUGUGAAGAAAAAGUGCCUUGAGUGGCUUUUAAAUAACUUAAUGACGCAUCAGAGUGUUGACCUGUUUAAAGAACUAAGCAUCAGUAUGAUGGAACAGCUCAUCUCCUCACCUGACUUGCUUGUCAUGCAAGUAGAAAUGGAUGUUUACACUGCUCUCAAAAAGUGGAUGUUUCUACAACUAGUGCCUUCUUGGAAUGGGUCAUUAAAACAACUGCUGCCUGAAGCCGACGCUUGGUUUUCCAAACGCCGUAAAGAGAUUGAAGAGAAUGGAACCUUCCUGGAAUGUGAACAAGGCUCCCCGUUUAUGCCGGUUUUCAGGCACUUACGGUUACAGUACAUAAUUAGUGACUUGGCUUCAGCAAGAAUUGUCGAGCGAGAUUGCCUUAUUCCUUCAGAAUGGUUGUCUUCCAUUUACAAGCAACAGUGGUUCACCAUGCUCCGAGCAGAACAGGAUAAUGAUAUGGGGCCUCAGGAAAUCAAUAAAGAUGAUCUAGAGAACAGCAGCAUGAGAUGUGGCCGGAAACUGACCAAAGAUGGUGAUUACUGCUGGAGAUGGACCGGGUUUAACUUUGGCUUUGACUUGUUGGUUACAUACACAAACCGCUACAUCAUCUUUAAGCGCAACACCCUCAACCAGCCGUGCAGUUGUUCUGUCAGUCUGCAGCCUCAUAGGAACAUUGCCUUCAGGUUGCGCUUGGCCUCGUUUGAUAAUGAUGGUAAAGUUAUAUGCAGCAAGACAAGUGGAUAUCAGAUUCUGAGCCUUGAAAAAGAUCAGGAACAAGUGGUGAUGAACUUGGACAGCCGUCAUCUUCUCUUCCCUCUGUACAUCUGCUGCAACUUCUUGUAUACCUCCCCCGAGAGGAGAACAGAUGCACCGGCACGGCAGGAUAAUCCCGAGAACUGAGUCACACAUAAGCCUGUACUUAUUAUAUUGGAACUUUCCUCUGAGUAUCACAAGUUGAACAUAGCAUUUUGUUCAGAUUGCUGGCCUAUCUUUCAAGCUGUGUUUAUGCUGGAAAGGGACCCAACUGCCAACUGUACAAAUAAAAUAUAUCCCAAAGUAUAUAGUCAUGUAGCAUAUAAGAAGCACAUUCCUUAUGUUUCAGUAAUGCAGGAGUGCCCAAAAUAUGCUAUAAGCUAUGAUAUUUCAGUUUCCCAAGACGGCAACAAUGUAUUUGAUAUCUACUUCAAACCUUUUUGCAAGCCAUUUCUGUCCCCGAUUGUUACCUUUUUUUUUUUUUUUUUGUAAUGGUUUUUGCUCAGAUCAAAUGGCUGUACUUGAAAGUAAAAGAGCCUCACUGGUGCUCAAAGUGAAAAUAAAGAGCAGCCCUUCCCUUGCUACAAGCACAUGUAGUGGGCUGAUUUGGGCUUUUGUUUAAUCCGCUUGCAUUUUGCCAGCAAAUUACUACAAUCUACUCUUCUGAUGAAUGUAAAAAGGGACACUUAAGUGCAAAUUGAAAGUGAUCUAAACCCUCCAUUAAACUGUGCCACCACUCA